CGGCAGGGGGCGCUCUAGGCUAUCCUCUAACCCCGUUCAACGUCACAGAAGAAGACCAAUGACGACUUUGUGAACCGAGUAUUUCUCUCCGGGCUUUGUUUUAUUGAUCUUCAGAGGAGUUUGAUAAUUAAGGAGUCCCUCAUGAUGGCACUAAAGUCAGGCGAGGAGCGCCUCAAGGAGAUGGAGGCAGAGAUGGCGCUGUUCGAGCAGGAAGUUUUGGGAGGGCCGAUAGCUGUGACUGCAGGAGGCGCUACUGUAGUUGAGGCUGUUCCAGUGGCUCUGGCUGUGCCGGCUGUACAGGCUAUGCCGAUAGUCCGGCCCAUCAUCGGCACAAACACCUACCAACAGGUCCAACAGAGCUUGGAGGCUAGAGCUGCUACUUUGGUUGGACCACCACCUCCUGCAUUCGUUGGGCCAGCCGUACCUGCAGUGAGGCCUCCACCGAUGAUGCGACCUGCAUUUGUUCCACACAUCCUACAAAGACCAGGGGGACAGAGAAUGCCGAUGAUGCGUGGCCCUCCACCGCAAGGUCUGAUGGCACCGCCGCUGCCCCGUCCUCCUCCUCCACCACCGAUGAUGAUGGCGCCUCCGAUGGCCGGACCCCCUCAGCACCCUAUGGCUCCUAUCGGCCCACCUAUGGGGCCCAUGAACUCAGUUCCACCCCAGGUUGACACAAUGAACACAGUAUUGGCGGCUCCACCUCGACCAGUGACGCAGGCUCCACCCAAAGUUACCCCCAGCAUUAUACAGGCAGCUCCCACCGUUUAUACAGCACCGCCCGCCCCUAAGAGACCAGACCCGAGGGCACAGAGACAAGCACGCAUGGAGGAGCUGGCAGCAUCAGUAGCUGAACAGCAGGCAGCUGCAUUGGCAGCCGGGCUCCUUGAGGCCAAGAAGGACAGUGUGACGGACGACAGCGUCAUCGGACCGAGCAUGCCCGAGCCGGAGCCUGUACACAUAGAGCCACCAGAGAGCAUCACAGAGGAUAAGAAGGGAAAAGGGAAACAGGAAAAGGUGAGGAAAUGCAUCCGUACAGCUGCGGGCACCACUUGGGAAGACUCCAGCUUAACAGAGUGGGACACUGACGACUUUAGGAUAUUCUGUGGAGAUCUGGGGAACGAGGUGAACGAUGACAUCCUGACAAGAGCAUUCAGUCGCUAUCCAUCCUUCCUGAAGGCUAAAGUUGUACGAGAUAAACGCACAGGGAAGACCAAGGGUUAUGGCUUUGUCAGCUUCAAGGACCCCAAUGACUAUGUGCGUGCUAUGAGGGAGAUGAACGGUAAAUAUGUCGGCAGCAGACCCAUCAAACUGCGAAAGAGCUCAUGGAAAGACAGGAACCUUGAGAUUGUACGCAAAAAGCAGAAAGAGAAGAAAAAGCUUGGGCUUAGAUAAACUCAAAGACUCGAGUCAAAACUGUAGUGCAGGUUGUGAGAAAUUUCACCUCCGUCUCCUGUUACACACUGAUGAACAAGACUGGAAUUUAUCGAUGUUCAAUUACACAGCUGUGGUGGCAGGAGAUCGGAGUGGAUCAGCAACAUUGGUUACAUAAAGUCUGAAGCUUUGAUUAAUGAUAUUGGCUGCAGUUUGAUGUUGGAUCUCGUUUUACUCCCCACUUCCCUACCCGGGUCAUUACAAUGCACUGCACUGAUACCUCCUGGUUUUUGACAAUUGCAUUCAGAAUUGCGUUUCAGAUAUACCUAGUCCAAUUGUGUGUUUUAUCUUGCUUUUUGUUUCCAGAAAUCUCCAUCUUGUUGUUUAGAUUGUUGUUAGAACAAGCUGGUUAUAAAAUAAUUCAAAACCUGUCAAUAAAUCGUUUUAUUUCACACAGAA